CGCCGCCGCCGCCGCUGCUGCACCUGGUGCCUGCCGCUGCCGCUGCUGCUCCUGCUGCUGCUGCCGCCGCCGCUCGCCAGCCUGGCCGCCGAGCAGCGGGACAGACGGGGCUACUUGAUAGCAGCUCCAUCAGUUUUCCGAGCAGGUGUAGAGGAAGUUAUCAGUGUGACGAUCUUUAACUCCUUUAAGGAAACAACAGUCCAGAUUCAGCUUGUGGUCAAAGGAGAGGCUGUAGCCCAUGGUCAUGGGGCAGUUUUGGAUAAAGGGACCAUUAAGCUCAAGGUACCUUCUGGUCUGCGUGGCCAAGGACAUUUGAAGGUCUGGGGAAAUCGCCACUUGACAGAGGAAGGCUAUAUCUUUCACAAUUACACGACUGUGACAAUCGACAGCAAAGGGUCAUCCAUGUUCAUUCAGACAGACAAGCCCGUGUAUAAGCCUAAACAGAAAGUGUUGAUAAAUCUAUUCCUGGUGACGUCUGAUCUGAGACCUGUCAGUGAGAAGAUGGAAGCCUACAUAGUGGACCCUCGUGGAUCCCGGAUGAUAGAAUGGAAUGAUUUGAAGCCAUUUUGUUGUGGAAUUGUCAACAUCAGUUUCCCAUUGUCCGAUCAACCGGUGUUUGGGGAGUGGUUCAUUUUUGCUGAAAUGCAGGGACACACCUACAACAAAUCCUUUGAAGUUCAGAAAUAUGUGUUACCAAAGUUUGAGCUACUCAUUGAGCCCCCUCAGUAUAUCCGGGAUUUCACGAACUGUGAAAAGGGGACUGUCCAUGCCAGGUACACAUUUGGGAAGCCAGUGACUGGAAAGUUGAUGAUCAAUAUGACUAUACAUGGUGUGGGUUACUAUAGACAUGAGGUGGGACACUCUGUCUUCAAAACCACAGAGAUACAUGGCUCAGCAGUCUUCGACGUGUGUGUUAGGAACAUGAUGCCUGCCGAUGUCCCCGAGCACUUUCGAGGUACCGUCAAUAUCUGGGCAACAGUCACCAGCACGGAUGGGAGUAAACAGGUCACUUUUGAUGAUUCGACGCCAGUUCAGAAACAGCUGAUUGACAUCAAAUACACCAAAGAUACCAGAAAACAGUUCAAACCUGGUCUGCCUUACAAAGGAAAGAUAGAUGUGUUGUUCCCCGAUGGUACCCCAGCAGAUGGGGUGACGGUCCAAAUCAAAGCUGAACUGACUCCGAAGGACAACGUUUACAUCAGUGAAUUAGAGUCCAGAAAGGGUGUGGUGGAGUUUGAAAUUCCCUCCAUCCCUCCAAUUGCCCAGUAUGUCUGGCUAGAGACAAAAGUGACAGCAAUUAAUGGGAAGCCUGCAGGAGACCAAUAUCUACCCAACUAUUUAUCUAUUAGCAGCUGGUACUCACCUAGUAAAUGCCAUAUCCAGAUCCAACCACCUGGCAUACCUUUUCAGGUGGGCGAAGAUGCUGUGUUUGCCGUGAAAUCCACGUGCCCCUGUGACUUCACUCUGUAUUAUGAAGUUGCAGCACGAGGCAACAUUGUGCAGUCGGGGCUGCAGCCUGCCAACGUUACCCAUAAAAGAAGCAAGAGAGCUCCAUUUCCAUUUGCUAAGAAUACCAAUGUAACCCAUUUCCCAGGAACAGCUUCUCCUCAUUCUCCAGCCGUAGAGGUGGAAGUGUGCAUGACAUUCCUCCAUCUCUCUGUGACCCACAGCAUGGCUCCCCUGGGACGCCUCUUGGUGUACUAUGUAAGGGAGAAUGGAGAAGGGGUCACAGACAGUCUACAGUUCGCUGUUGAGCCCUCUUUUGAAAACCAGGUUUCGGUGGCAUAUUCCUCAAAUGAGACAAGACCCGGUGAUGUUGUAGAAUUGAAGGUGAAAGCUGCCAAAGGAAGCUGUGUCUGUGUUGGCACUGUUGAUAAGAGCGUGUACCUUCUCAAGACAGGGUUUCAGCUAACAGCGGCUCAGAUUUUCCAGGAACUGGUGGAGUACGAUGUCUCCGAUGCCUUUGGAACGCCUAAGGAAGAUGGGCAUUUCUGGUGGCCUGGCCUGUCUUCUCGCAGACGCCGCCGUUCCUCUGUCUUUCCAUGGCACUGGGACAUCACAAAGGAUGCGCGAUUUGCAUUCACCGAAACUGGUCUGAUUGUAAUGACUGAUCUAGUGAGCUUGAACCACAGACAGAAUGGUGGUAUGUAUACAGAUGAGGCUGUACCAGCCUUUCAGCCACAUACAGGGACACUGAUUGCUACUACACAUUCCAAGGUUAUACCAAGAGCAGAGAAGAGAAAAAGGACCUUCUUUCCUGAAACUUGGACUUGGCACUGCCUCAAUAUCAGUGGUAUAUCAGGUGAGGAGACUUUACGAGUGGAAGUUCCUGAUUCCAUCACAACGUGGAUAACCGAAGCUGUUGGCUUGUCUGCAGAGAGAGGGUUGGGAAUAGCUAAACCAAGUGAGCUGAAAACAUUUAAGCCUUUCUUCAUAGAAUUCACCCUCCCAUACCACGUCAUUCGAGGAGAACAAACCAAAAUACCUCUAACUGUCUACAAUUACUUGGCCAUUUGUGUAGAGGUUCAUGUGAAGAUUUCAGUUCCAAAGGGUAUAAAAUUUGUCGGCCAUCCUGGAAAACACCAUUUAACAAGAAAGAAAUGUGUGGCCCCAGGAGAAGCCAAACCCACCUCAAUCGUCUUGUCCUUCAGUGACCUUGGGCUCAGUAAUAUCACAGCAAAAGCAUUUGCUUAUGGUGAGACAAACUGCUGUCAAGAUGGGAUGCAGAUCCUAAAAAACAGCAAACAUUCUGAGGAUAAUUACUCUGACAAACGGACUCCAGUUGGAAUAGAUUACAUCAGAAGCAGUGUAAUCAUUGAGCCAGAAGGGUUAUCAAGGGAAUAUACAUACAGCGUGUUCUUCUGUCCCAAUGAGAAAAUUCACAUUUCUACUCCUAACAAGUACGAGUACCAGUACGUUCAGAAGCCAUUACGCAUGACUCACUUUGAUGUAGCUGUCAAAGCCCACAAUGAUGCUCAUUUUGCCCUAUCCUCCGGCCCCCAUGACAUGGCAGAGAUGGCAGAGAUUGUUAUUGGUGGACAUCAGAAUGCCAAAACGUGGAUUUCCACAAGUAAAAUGGGGGAGCCAGUGACCAGCGCAGACACGGUUGGAAUCCUUUCUUGGGAUGAAUUCCGGACCUUUUGGAUCAGCUGGAAAAAUGGAAUUAUUCAGGUUGGUCAUGGGACUCAACCCUCCAAUGAGUCUCUCAUAGUGGGAUGGAGCAUCCCCAAGCAGCCAGAAGUGAAGUACAUUGGAUUCUCAACAGGAUGGGGCUCCAUGGGGGAGUAUAAAAUCUGGAGAAAAGAGGAGACGGACGAAAACCACAAUGAGGCAUUUACCCUUGGGGUUCCUCUUAAUGUGAUUCCGGGAUCAGAAAGAGCAACUGCUUCAAUAAUAGGAGAUGUCAUGGGGCCAACGCUGAACCAUCUAGACAACCUUCUGCGACUACCAUUUGGCUGUGGAGAACAAAACAUGAUCCAUUUUGCUCCCAAUGUUUUUGUUCUAAAAUAUCUUCAGAAAACUAGACAACUCAGUCCUGAGGUGGAGAAUGAAGCUACAGAUUACUUGGUGCAAGGCUAUCAGCGCCAGCUAACCUACAGAAGACAGGAUGGUUCCUAUAGUGCUUUUGGGGAGAGGGACUCCUCAGGAAGUAUGUGGCUAACAGCUUUUGUCCUGAAGUCCUUUGCACAGUCUCGUGGAUUUAUUUUCAUUGAUCCCAAGGAGCUGGUGGCAGCAAAGGAUUGGAUCAUCCAGCAUCAGAAGGAGGAUGGCUCUUUUCCUGCCAUGGGAAGAAUAUUAAAUAAGGACAUUCAGGGUGGAAUCCAUGGCAAGAUUUCUCUGACAGCUUAUGUGGUUGCCGCUCUGCUGGAGACAGGCAUUAUUUCGGAGGAAGAAAAAGUAGCCAUCACCAAAGCCAAACAUUUCUUGGAGUCUAACCUCUAUUCAGCAGAAGACCCCUACACCACGGCCCUUACUGCUUACUCCUUGACUCUUCUGCACAGCCCUUCAGCCCCUGCAAUGCUCCGGAAACUAAACAGCCUGGCCAUUAUGCAAGAUGGAUUCACGCACUGGAGUUUGACAGGAUCCCUGACCACUGACGAGGACACUUUCAUGGGCUUUAACGACGGCCUCUCUCAGUCAGUUGUCUCAGCAGAAGUGGAAAUGACGGCUUAUGCCUUGCUGACGUACACGCUCCUGGGCGAUGUGGCAUCUGCCCUUCCUGUAGUCAAAUGGUUGUCACAGCAGAGAAAUGCCCUUGGGGGGUUUUCAUCCACACAGGACACAUGUGUUGCACUUCAGGCUCUGGCCGAGUAUGCCAUCUUAUCCUAUGUCGGAGGAGUCAACCUCACCAUCUCUUUGGCUUCGACUAACUUAGAUUAUCAGGAGACCUUUGAUCUGAACAAGUCGAACAAGAAAGUCCUCCAGACAGCAGUGAUUCCCAGUAUUCCCACUGGACUGUUCGUCAGUGCAAAGGGAGAAGGCUGUUGCCUGAUGCAGAUCGACGUGACCUAUAAUGUGCCGGACCCAGGUACCAAGCCAGCUUUCCAACUCCUUGUGAACCUCAAGGAGCCUAAAACCGAGAGGCACCCUCUAAGACCAGCCCCUCCAGAGAAGAAACGCUCUGAGACCCCCCACCGGGAUCGGCCUCUCGUGGAUGAUGACGACCCAGCCUCGGAUCAGGAUCACCAGGAAUACAAAGUCAGGCUGGAGAUAUGCACGAGGUGGCUUCACUCUGGAUCCUCAAACAUGGCUGUCUUGGAGGUCCCUCUAUUUUCAGGGUUCCGAGCUGAUAUUGAAAGCCUCGAACAGUUACUGAUGAACAAGCAAAUUGGACUAAAAAGAUAUGAAGUCGAUGGAAGGAAAGUCCUCUUUUACUUUGAUGAGAUUCCGAGUCAGUGUAUGACCUGUGUGAAAUUCCAAGCCUUCAGGGAGUACAUUGUUGGGAAGACAGCUCCAGUGCCAAUCAAAGUGUAUGAUUACUAUGAGCCAGCAUUCGAAGCUACUCGGUUCUACAAUGUUAGUGAAAACAGUCCCCUGGGGCGAGAGCUGUGUGAUGGGCCAACUUGCAAUGAGGUGGAGAGCUCAGCUAAUCAGUGGCCUGGUUUUGUUCACAACGGCCCCUGUAACAGUGUGUUCGGCUGCCUAGAAGAGGAGUACUUCGAGCAGUGCAUGUGCUCCCGGGACUGUGGCUACGACGGGGACCCCGUGUGUGGCUCAGAUGGUGCCAUCUAUCAAAACCACUGCCAAAUGGAGGUGGCUGCAUGCAGAAACAACACCAGGAUUGAACAAGUGUCUCUGUCUCACUGCUCUGCCGCUGAGAAUUCACAGGAUGCAAAAGAGACACAUUUCCAAGCUGUUGAACAGCCCGAUAUUGAGCAAACUCAAGCGGCUGAGGAGGCUCCAGUAUCCCACUCUGAUCUCUCCUACUACUCCUAUGAGUAUGACCCAGACCCAUAUGCCUCCGAAGCAGACGUCUUUGAGAUUGGGACCGAGUUGACAACAAUCAGCAGCCCAUUAGGAGAAGGGGACAAGAUGCAGGAAUCUGUGACCACAGUCGAAUGAAAUAAAAACCUUCCUGGAAAGAGAAGUGACUCGGAGAGAGAGACUCCUGGACAUGUUUGUUCAGAUGGCUGACCUGCUGGGGAGCAGAAAGGACCUGGCUACUUCCCUCCUCCUUUCAGCCCUAGGGUCUAACUCCCAAGAGGGAGCAGGCCUCUGGGCUGGCCUAAUACCCUUCAUUAUCUGUUUCACUUUUCCUAUCUUGUGUUCCUCUUGUUGGGAAUUUUUCCCCGAGUGGCAGACGCCCUGCUGGUUUCAGAGAGAAAGAAGAAGAAUUGGGAAAUGGCAUCAAAACCCGUUUGAAACUGUCCAUCUGUUAGGAAGAUGCUGCAGAGCAUUUCUCUCUCUCUGUUUCUCUGUGGUGUCACCAUGACUCAGUUCCCGAGUGCCUGGGUCCCAAACUCCUGAAUCCAGCUAUGUGGCUGUUUGUUGAGAGAUGGCUGAAGAGUUUUUCUUGCUUUUUUUCUGGAAAAUGCAGUUUGUGUUGGCAAUUAUCACACCACCCAGAAGUAAGAGCAAGAAAAUAAAGCUCUUUCCAUGAAAACAGUACCACCAAAAUAGCUUACUAACUACCAAGGGAAAUGUUUAUUAGUCUGCUUCAAGCAGGAGAGACUCUUGUGUGGAAAGAAAAAGAACAUUCGAUGUGAGAUCAAUAAGGGCUAAUAGUGUGAAAGUCAGAAUCUGAGUGACUGUUCUGUUAGAGUGAAAGCCAACAGAUGGCUCUGAUGAGGGGGAUUGGGGGAGGGGGAAGCCCACCGGUGGGGUUCACUUAUUAGAGCAUAGGGACAAAAAUGCAACCUCAUAAAUCAUCUUACCCUAAAAUAAAAGAUGAACCUAGCAAAUCUGGCCUGAAAUUGGAACCCUCCCUACCCCCAGCCCCGGCCGCCACACCAAAAUAAAUAUCCAAAAAGAGCAAGCACAUUGCUGUGGCCCCAUCCCUACCAAUGGAAAUUCUCCCUGGGGAAAACCAAAGACCCAAUAUUCCGCAUCUAACAGUAGGGGAUGCUGGGCCUGUGACUCCUUUUCCCCAAGGAAGCGUCUUUUAGAUCCCCUUUGAUGUUGCUGUAGAGUACCCAUGGCUUAUCGCUAGGUGAGGCCUCCCAGGGAUUGAUUAGAAGGGAGUGAGUCGGCCAUCACCGGACUCGAGUAGAAAAUUGCUUUGACUCUUUUCAGGUCUGUUUUUCUCCUUAUGGUAACCCGGUGUGAACCACUGGGCGGGGAGUGGGAGGGGGAACUUCUAGGUUCCUUCCAAGCUCAGUACUGGGGAGAGGGAGAGAGUGAGGCUGAUGUAGGCACUCGCGAAGAGAAGGCAUACUUAAUGUUGGGGAUUCUAGGUACAUUUUUGAUCCUUGUGGGUCAGUGAAGAAACCGAGGGAAGAAGCGCCUGUCUCACCCCUUGGGUCCCUGUAUCCUUGGGCCCAAAGUGCCUAAGAAGCUGCGCAGGCUCGUGCACUCUGUUCCGUGAGAGAAUGUGCCAUUUCUGUUUAAUAUGCAGGGAUGUGCCACAUCCUAAAUAGCGGGAAGAAAUCCAUGGCCCUCUGCCCAAUCUGCAAAUAAAUAAACUGCUUGAAACCCAACUCCAAAGCAGCUUUUGCUAUAUACAGUGCAACGGCACAGAAGGGCCCAUCUGUUGAGUAGACACAGCUGCCUAAACAAAUAUUUAUUCACUAGGUAAACAACCUGCCUUCUGCAACCUUCAGUGAAAGACAUUUUCUUCUUUGAAAAAACUAAAGACAUGAAAUAACCUCUGUUUCGCAUAGUUUGGGGGCUUCAGCUCCAGUAGACUGCCAGGACCCACAGCUUUGUCCUUUCUUCCGACUCCUGGGCCUGCUCUCAGCUUUCUCGUAUUUGCCCUUUGCCCUUCGAGGCCUAAGCUUUUCAAUAGCGAAAGUUCAAAUUUGAGGUUUUUACCGUGUCCCUGUUAAUCGCAUCCUUCUUGGGUGUGGAGUUAGCUAGGUCUCCUGCCAUUUUGUGUCUCGAGCAGAGGAGACCAAGACUUCUUAGACCCUACCCAUCAGGGCUCAGAAAGCAUCUCUGUGGAAGGAAAACUCUCCGCCCAGUCUAGAGCUGGCUCCCAGAGAGUUUUGUCUACUGGCCUCCCGGCUCCGAGGUCUCCAUCGCUUCAAUGGGCCCUGCUUUGGGAAAUUGAAAUGGAUUCUCUGGUCUUCUCAAAGGCCCCUUUCCAUACUCUUUGAGCAUAGUUUCUUUGAUCUGUUAGCCUCCCGUGUUCAGAAUGAAGAUGGGACGGACCUUCCACUCUUCCCCAAAGGAGUGUGCUGGGUGGGUUUACUGCUAGAAGAAGAUGAGGGGACCCAACCAGAAACUGCAACAGUUAGGAUUCGGCGGGCUCAUUCUUUCAAAGCAUUGAUCUCUCUCUCUCUCUCUCUCUCUCUCUCUCACACACACG